GUCCGGGACAAUUAUACCGCCUUUGAACAGUUCACCGCAGAGCCGCAAAUUGAGUUCCGCGAUCUCGACGAAUCGCCAUUCGAGGGUCCUGUCAUUGAAGCAUACCAGUGGAUACAGCCACCCAGAUUGUUCCGGUUAUUUGAAACGCGCGGCGAAGAACUUAUGUGCACGGUUUAUGAUCCGUUGCUCCCGUUUUCGUUCCAGCAGGACAGCCUCCGCGAUACAAUUAUGGUUGAUCAGGGAAGCAGAUUAUGGCUCUGGAGCGACAAAACAGUCAGUACUUUUGCGAUCCGCGUGGCUAAAACGUACUGGUUAAGUCGGAGCGGCCCUAUGACGGCAAUCUGCAAAACACUCGAACCUGACGCAUUCAAAGCGCUGUUCCCCAGAUGGGAGGAUUUCGUAGAUGAACUUGAUGAAAAUGAGCUUCCCGCUCUGGUAACAUUUUUCACAUUUCAGCAGUUCCAUCGCUUAAUAAUUACUAUUUCGUUGCUGUCUUUGUGUCUUUGCCACAUUACUUAUUAA